AUGACAGAUCUAUUGAUUGGAAUUGCAAAUGCAACACCCAACGGGGGUGUUGUUUUUCGAAAUAAAAAUCCAGGAAUUUGUCGUAAUUCAGAAAUGCGACAUUCAAGAAGCGAAGAUAUUUUAGGAGUUGCUGGGCCAGGUGCUCCAACUCGAACUCCAAGUCCUUAUUUCCACGAACAAUCUUGUGCUUCAGAAGAUGAUUUAGUUGCAUCUAGUGCGUUAAGAGAUGCUUCUUCAUCGUCUGACCUGCUUCAAGAUGCCAUGUAUUCUUAUGGAAGAAGAUCUGCUGCAUCACCACCACCAACAUUUGGUGCGGAUCGAGUUGAUCCUGAAGAUUCUAUCCGAGAUAUUGUUACAGAAAAUGACUUGUACAGAUUUGUACUUUUCAAGAGACACUAUGAUAAAUAUAUUGCGUUGGCUGAAAAAUAUGAAGAAUCCCGAGGAGUUGUUUAUUAUCUUGAAGAACGCUACCACGAAGUUAAGGCUGAAAAAGAUAGAUUGGAAGAAGCAUGUCAAGAAUUAGAAAAACGAUUGGAAAACCACGAGUCACAGAUGCGAGAAAAAGAAGAAGAAUUAUUCUUACAUUUGGAACGAAGUUUACGAUUAGAUGAUGAGAUUGAAAGACUCAAGGCUGAACGUGCUUCUUGUAUUGCGGCGCGGGAACGCUUAGAACGUGAACAAACUGCUGCAUUAAGGCAGUUACAGUUGGAAGUAACGCAGAACGAAGCAACGAGAAGAAACCUCGAACAAGCGAGGCAAGACAUCGUCAGACAAGCAACAGUCAUUCGGGCUGAACGGGAUGCUUUAGAACGAGAGAAUAUCGUGUUAAAAGAAAAAUUACGUGUAGAGCAAGUGGAAUUGGGUGAAGAAAGACGUAAAAGAGAAGAAGGAAUUGCUAUUUUAACUCAGGAAGCAGUGACACUUAGACACGCUGCUAGACAUUUAAGAGCCGCUGCUUUGCAUGCUACAGCUUGCAAACGAAGAAGAAGAUGCUCCGUAUGUCUUUAUGCCAAGCGUACCUUUUCUGAAGCUGAUGAUUAUCGUAAUGAUAAAAAAUUGUUCAAGUGUCUUCAAACGCCUCUUCAAGAUUUGAGAACAUGGUUUCGUCCGGGUCAAUUGUCAUCGUCAUCAUCAUCCCAUCCUACUGAGCUGAGGACUAGUUCACGGGCUAUCAGCUACAUAGAUUCAUCCAGCAGCUCUGAGGAUGAGGAGUUUGGUGACACACCUCUAGCUGAGAUUUCACUGUCUUCCACCAACUCAGGUGUACCACCAGCUUCUCGGGCAUUCUCCUCAGACUCUGGGUAUGUUAUCAAUGCAGUGACCCCACCUGUAAAAUCAUUAAUCACCCCGACGAGCACGCCAAUAGAAGGUGAUUUUUCUUCGUGCAGUUUUUCAUCAGAAAUUGGCGACCGCAGAUCACGCAGAUCAUAUGAAGUUGAUGGAGCCAGCCGUAAAAUCAGUGAAUCAUCCACCAGUGAACCUGAUGCAUUGAUGGGUCAAAGGCCUGCUACUACUUUCACUCGCUCCAAAUGGACUUCAUCAUUCCGUAAACUUCUUGGACGCAAAUCCAAAGCUAAGAUGAUCAAGGACCACUCAACACCAUAA